ACACGAGGGGGUGUGUGAGGCCAGAACUACCCCCGACCGCCUUUGUCUCCCCACUGCCGAUGUUUUUUUACAAGCCGCACCAUGUUCUUAUUUUGAGGCUUAGUUGACCUAAGGGAGGCCCAGGACCACUUCAGAUAAUUGUCACUAGGUGUCCUUGGCUGUGAGUAUGAAUCAAACUCGGAUCGCUGGGUCCUUAGUGCAGUACGCUAACCACUGCGCAACCUCUCCCCAUACACAGACACGCACGAAUUCAUCUUAAAUCGCUAUCAUCGUCGUCAUCAUCAUCAUCAAUCACGAGCAUCGUCAGCCACGAUCAAAUCUACUGCUGCUUGGAGGUAAGAGGAGGAGUCCUCCUGCAGCUUGUCGAGUUCCUCAUUGGGCACUGGGAUGAGCGAGCCACGCGGUGCCGAGGUGCCGGUGCCGUCGCGUCGGGCAUCUGGAUGGGUGUCGCCAGUGCGGACACCGCAACGAGGAUUAUCGACGCUCCGAUGUUGAGAUUGUCACAGUGGCACAGAGACGGACGCCACUGUGGGAGAGCCAGCAUGCGAAGACGUUCCCCUGAAAUGUAAACACUGGCGGAGGUCCACGCGAUUGGCUCAAGACAUUGAUCACGAAUUCCUUUUGUAAGCGAGACAGUUGUUGACAGCUCUGAAUCGCGCAGCACGUUUUCCUCAUUGUUUCCUCAAACUUUUCCUGAUUAAAAGCAGACUAAUUAAAUUCACACGAACGCUAAGAUAACUUAUUUUUUUAUUUGAUGUCCUCCUUUCCCUUGACCUACUUUUCCAAACGGUAUGUGCUGCGGCGGCGCAUACCAAUCGGUAUGUGUGGCGGCGCAUACCAAUCGGUAUGUGUGGCGGCGCAUACCAAUUGGAAGUUAUUCGGAGUCGUGCUCGACUCAGGGUUGCCACCGCUGAGGUGCAAACUUUUAACCGGGACGUUUCUUGUACGACAGCAUCGUGCUGGUGGCCUCGCUGGCCGUGAUCGCGGCCGGCACGCAGGGCAACGUCCUCGCCACGUCGGCGAUGCGGGGCCUGCGCUUCCUGCAGAUCCUGCGCAUGGUGCGCAUGGACCGCCGCGGAUGGACCUGGCAGCUGCUGCGCUCCGUCGUCUUCGAGCACAGCAAGGAGCUCAUCACGGCCUGGUACAUCGGCUUCCUCACGCUCAUCUUCUCGUCGUUCCUCGUCUACCUGGCGGAGAAGGACGACAACCAGGACCAGUUUGGGACAUACGCCGACUCGCUGUGGUGGGGCACGAUCACGCUCACCACCAUCGGCUACGGAGACAAGACUCCAAAGACGUGGCUCGGCCGCCUGCUUGCCGCCGGCUUCGCCCUCCUCGGUGUCUCCUUCUUCUCGCUGCCGGCCGGCAUCCUGGGGUCGGGCUUUGCCCUCAAGGUCCAGGAGCAGCACCGACAGAAGCACUUCGAGAAGCGACGCUGCCCCGCUGCACGACUCAUGCAGUGCACGUGGCGAUGCUACGCAGCCGACGUGAAGUCUCUGUCCGUGGCCACGUGGAAACCUCACCUGAAGGCUCUGCACACCUGCAGCCCCGUCAACCACAAGCCGAGUUUCCGCGAGCGAGUUCGCCUCUCGAGCCCCCGGGGGCAGACGGGCCGGGGCAAGAGCGCGUCCCCCGCGGGCAGGGUGAGGGCCCCCGGGGUCGGCGGGGUGCGCCGCUCCCCCAGCGCCGACACAGGCCUCGAGAACAGCCCCGCGCACGUCCAGAAGAGCUGGAGCUUCAACGACCGCACGCGAUUCCGCCCGUCGUUGCGUCUGCGCAGCUCCAGCUCCAGGCACUACCCCGGCGAAGGGGGUUACGCCAGCCUGAGUGUGGACGAUGCCCUCGAUCAGAAGCGCUGCCACUGCGAUGUGUCGGUCGAGGACCUCACGCCCGCCCUCAAGACGGUCAUCAGAGCUGUCAGGAUAAUGAAGUUCCUGGUCGCGCGCAGGAAGUUCAAGGAGACGCUGUGCCCUUACGACGUGAAAGACGUCAUCGAGCAGUACUCCGCGGGACACCUCGACAUGCUGUGCCGCAUCAAAAACCUCCAGUGCAGGGUCGAUCAAAUUCUCGGCAAGGACACCUUGUCCAGCGUGGAGCGGCAGAAGGCGAAGGAGAGGGGCCAGCCCAGGUCAGAGGUCAGAGAGGACCAGAGCCUCAUGGGAAGGGUGGUCAAGAUGGACAAACAGGUGCAGACGAUCGAGAAGAAGCUGGACUUCUUAAUCGACUUCUACCGCCAGUCCCUGGGCAAGGGGCCGCCCAAGAUGCCCACGGCCAUGAGCCAGUCGAACACGGAGAACAACACGGACUACGAGACGCCGGACGACCAGACGUCCUCGCUCGAGAUCACCGAGACCACGUGCGUGGCCACGUCGCCGUCCAUCAACGGCAACCACCUGAGCCAGGGCCUCUCCGAAGACAACGACCUCGUGCCGUCCCCGCGCGGCAGCCCUCCCGCCUCCGCCAACGUCGCCGCCGAGUGGCUCCAGGUUCCCGACCAGAAGGAGGAGCCGGCCAUCAGCUGGAGCUCGCCGAAGUCCCACCUGACCCUCCCGGUGCCUUCGUUCAUGUCGCCCACGGACCAGAACAUCACCAUCGUCAUCAGCCCGUCCACGUCGGACGACGUCCCGGCCGCGUGCGACGGUUCCCCCCCCGCUCCUCCUCCCGCUCCGCUCGCGCCGGUCUGCCGCGGCGAGCUCUCCAAGGUGUUCGGCGCUCGCUGCGGCAACGGCAACGCGGUGGGGGGGCCGAUCUUCGCGGCGGCGGCGGCGGCCGGCCUGGGCGGAGCGCCGUGGUCCGACAGCAUCCUGAGCGUGGAGGACUUGCCGUCGCUCCACACCGUCAAGGAGAUGGACGAGCAGCUGGCGGCUGACGAUCUGUCCGGCGAGAGCCUGCAGAGAGUCGGCGACGCCGCCGCCGCUGCCGCCGAGCCGUCGCACAUGACUUUGUUGCCGCUCGGGCCGCGAUCGUCCGCUGAGAUGGAGUUUGGCGGCUCGGCCAGGGGCUUGCCACAGCAGCAGCAGCAGCACUUACAGCGCAUCACCGAUAAGCCGGACUUAAUAUCACUUCCGUAAAAAAAAAAUUACGCAACAAGCGUUUUUUUAACCCCCCCACUCCGUCCCCCUUCCCUCCGUGUAAUUCUCACUGUUGUUACCGCAAAACGAUAUUUUAAAGAUUUGGACCGCAUCAAACGAAUGCGUUGCGUACUCGACCGUAAUAAUGUGAGUAGCUGAAAAGAUACGAUUUAUUAACCCAUACUGGGGCUUUUGCGAAUGCAGUUUUUUUUGCUGCAGGUAGUGAAGUGGGGGGGGGGGGGGGGCUGCGGUGAGUGGGAGAGAGAAAAUUGGGCCACGCCACCCCCCCACCCUCAUCGACCAUCCGCCAAGAUUCGGUGGCUGCCCCGGUUGUAUGUGGGCGUCUCUGAAGCAGCGUCCGUUCAUUCCUCCCGACGAUUGUUCACAGGCGACGUUGACCGCACCCCGGACUCACCACCUCGACUGUCUGUAACCCUUACCCCCUCCCCCCUGAAUUGUAUAAAUAGUGGAAUGGACCAAUAGUCGACCAAUGUUAAUCAUAGCCGUUGAAAUGUUUACAAGACUUCUUUCAUUUUAAGUCCUGAGCAUGCUAUUACCUAUAAUGUGCAAUUACCUUUAAUAAUAACCAAAUCUGUGCUGGUGCAUUUCGCAGCUAUAUAAAUGCAGUGUGUAGACUUUUACGAGCGUACUCACACAGGAACGUUUUUUUAAAUGUCAAUUUGUAGUUUUAGCUUUCAUUUUUAUCUCUCCCAUUUGCCUCCCCAGUGUCAUAAAACUAACGCUGUUAAGAGCUGAGUUGCACACAUUUUUUCGAGUUGGGGCGCCGAGGUGGCGAGAUGUUAACUCCCUCGCCUGGUAUGUAGGAGGUCGUGGGUUUUGAUCCCGACCCUGACGCCUGUAUAUUUGGAGUUUGCGUGUUUCUCUUCCCGUGGUCACAUGGAUUUUU